AGGAGCGAAGGAGGUGGCGGCGGCGGCGGCGGCGAGCCGGAGGCACAGGCAGGAGGGGCGGCGAGGAGGGAGAGGCAGGCAGGCAGGCAGGCGAGGGGGGAGGAGGAGGGGCCGGCCUGGAGGUGUGGGAGUGACUCAGUCCUGCUCUCUCGCUGCUGGUGCCGCCGCUGCUCUCCGCGCUGCGCUGGGGGAGCGACUCGCCUUGGGCACCGGCUGCUGGAACCCCGGAAAGGCGCUGCGCUCCGGAGAGCGCACACCACGCAGAGCCGGCCCCGCACCAAACGCAGCCGCCCUCCGCUCGUCCGCCUCGCCACCCCAACCUCCCGCCCGGGAGUCCUCGGAGGGGGCGCCGCCGCUUCUCCCCCCCCCCCGAGCUGAAGAGAAGGCACCGAUGGAGCCGGGACUGUGAGCCGAGGAGGACCGCGCGCCUUUUGUUCCCAGCGGCCGCCCCCAGCUGGGGCUUGGGAGCUUCGCCGGGCUCCCUUUCUUCUCCGCCGCGGGACCUGUGGCGGCGGCUGCUGCUGCUCCCGCCGUGGGCACAGGAGGGGGGCGAUCCCCCUCGGCAGAUCUCCCUUCCCGGGAGCCCCGCGAGCCGGCGAGGCGUGUUUGAAGCCCUGCGCCUUGAAGAGCUGACUGAGAAGAACAAGCGAGACCCGCAUUCCUCUCCUGUUUGCAAACGGAUACCCAAGCUCCGAGUCCUCAUGGAGUCUGAGAGUGCAGUUGCCAACCAAUAGCAGGAAAACUGGGAUGUUUGCCUGGAAGUGCCUCAUUCUUUGGGCUGUGCUGGUCACAGCCACGCUGUCCGUUGCAAGACCAGCUCAGACCUUGCCAGAGGAAGUUUUGCCCAAAGCAAGUAUUGAAGUGGAGUCUUAUUCGGCCCACCCUGGCGACCUCCUCCAGCUGCGCUGCCGGCUCCGGGAGGAUGUUCAGAGCAUCAACUGGGUGCGAGACGGGGUCCAGCUCUUGGAGAACAAUCGGACGCGCAUCACGGGGGAGGAGGUGGAGGUCAGGGACGCCGUGCCCGAGGACUCAGGGCUUUAUGCCUGCAUGACCAACAGCCCCUCGGGAAGUGAGACCACCUACUUCUCCGUGAAUGUCUCAGAUGCUCUCCUUUCUACCGAAGAUGACGACGAUGACGAUGAUUCCUCUUCUGAAGAGAAGGAGGCGGAUAACUCCAAGCCAAACCAAGCCAUUGCACCUUACUGGACAUACCCUGAGAAGAUGGAGAAAAAGCUCCAUGCGGUUCCUGCUGCCAAGACAGUGAAGUUUAAGUGCCCGUCCAGUGGGACCCCCACCCCGACAUUGCGCUGGCUGAAGAACGGCAAGGAAUUCAAACCUGACCAUCGUAUUGGUGGAUACAAGGUUCGCCAUGCCACCUGGAGCAUCAUCAUGGACUCGGUGGUGCCGUCGGAUAAAGGCAACUACACCUGCAUUGUGGAGAACAGAUACGGGAUGAUCAACCACACCUACCAACUUGAUGUGGUCGAGAGAUCACCUCACCGGCCUAUCUUACAAGCUGGCCUCCCAGCGAACAAGACUGUCUCCCUGGGUAGCAAUGUGGAAUUUGUUUGCAAGGUAUACAGCGACCCUCAGCCCCACAUCCAGUGGCUGAAGCACAUUGAGGUCAACGGGAGCAAGAUCGGGCCAAACAACCUGCCCUAUGUGCAGGUCUUGAAGCACUCGGGAAUUAACAGCGCCGAUGCGGAGGUGCUGACCCUGUAUAAUGUGACAGAGGCUGAAAGCGGGGAGUAUGUUUGUAAGGUUUCCAAUUAUAUUGGUGAGGCGAACCAGUCUGCGUGGCUCACCGUCACCAGACCCAUGGCUGAAGCUCUGGAAGACAAGCCCGCCAUGAUGACCUCCCCUCUGUACCUGGAGAUCAUCAUCUACUGUGCGGGGGCCGCCUUCAUCUCCUGCAUGAUCGUGACCGCCAUCCUCUACAAGAUGAAGAGCACCACCAAGAAGACCGACUUCAACAGCCAGCUGGCCGUCCACAAGCUGGCCAAGAGCAUCCCCCUGCGCAGACAGGUAACAGUUUCAGCUGACUCCAGCUCCUCCAUGAAUUCGGGUGUGAUGCUUGUACGCCCCUCGCGGCUUUCCUCCAGUGGGACCCCAAUGCUGGCAGGCGUCUCUGAGUAUGAGCUUCCUGAAGACCCUCGCUGGGAGCUUCCCAGAGACAGGCUGAUCCUGGGGAAGCCACUGGGCGAAGGCUGCUUUGGACAGGUGGUGCUGGCAGAGGCAAUCGGCCUGGAUAAGGACAAGCCCAACAGAGUGACCAAAGUGGCGGUGAAGAUGCUGAAAGCUGACGCCACAGAAAAGGACCUGUCUGACUUGAUCUCUGAGAUGGAAAUGAUGAAGAUGAUUGGCAAGCACAAGAACAUCAUUAACCUCCUCGGAGCUUGUACUCAGGACGGCCCCCUCUAUGUGAUUGUGGAAUAUGCAUCCAAAGGGAACCUGAGGGAAUACCUGCAGGCGCGGCGCCCCCCAGGCAUGGAAUACUGUUACAACCCCACCCUGAUCCCCGAAGAACAGCUCUCCUUCAAAGAUCUGGUGUCCUGUGCCUAUCAAGUGGCCAGGGGCAUGGAAUACCUGGCGUCUAAAAAGUGCAUCCACCGAGAUCUGGCUGCCAGAAAUGUGCUAGUGACCGAAGACAGCGUCAUGAAGAUUGCUGAUUUUGGCCUGGCGCGAGACAUUCACCACAUAGAUUACUACAAGAAGACGACAAAUGGUCGCUUGCCGGUCAAGUGGAUGGCCCCUGAAGCAUUGUUUGACAGAAUAUACACUCAUCAGAGUGACGUGUGGUCCUUUGGCGUUCUGCUCUGGGAGAUCUUCACGCUGGGUGGGUCACCGUACCCUGGAGUUCCAGUGGAAGAGCUCUUCAAGUUGUUGAAAGAGGGACAUCGGAUGGACAAACCCAGCAAUUGCACCAAUGGACUGUAUAUGAUGAUGCGAGAUUGCUGGCAUGCUGUUCCCUCCCAAAGACCCACCUUCAAACAGCUGGUAGAAGACUUAGAUAGGAUUGUGGCCAUGACCUCAAACCAGGAAUACCUGGACCUCUCCAUGCCACUGGACCAGUAUUCUCCCAGUUUUCCAGACACACGCAGCUCCACCUGCUCUUCAGGAGAGGACUCUGUCUUUUCCCAUGACCCCCUUCCUGACGAACCUUGCCUCCCCAAGCACCCACCUCAGCUUGCCAAUGGUGGACUCAAACGGCGCUGAUCCCACGACUUUGGGGUGGGGGGUGCUUGCAAAUCCUCUGUGCAAACUGUGGGGCCUGUAUGUCAGUGAGUGAGUGAGUGAGUGUGUGUGUGUGUGUGUGUGUGUGUGUGUGUGUGUGUGUAUAUGCACUUCCCUUCCAGCCGGGCUGGUGGUGGAGCGCCACUCGAGAGCAGCCAUCAGCCAGUCGCCUUAACUGUUGUAUUAAUGAACUACGGUCUUUCCAUUCCGAAUGACCAAGCCUAUGCUGCCAUCUUUUUUUGGUCAAAGCUGCCAUUAUUCCAAGCCUUCAACAUCUGGGAGAGGUGUUUGUUGGGAAUCUGUGCUUGAAUAUUUCCCGUGGAUUAAAGGUCAGCUACAUCUUCUUUUUUUUAAAAGAUGAAAAACCUUUGGCCAGUGCCUAAACAAAAUAACAAUAAUAAUAAUAAUAAUAAUGAAACCCAGGUCCUGGUUUCUAGACAGCAGCAUGCUUCUUUGAAAAGGAUUCUGGAAGAAUGACAUUCCCAUGAAGAAAGGGAGUUCUUCUGCUCUCUUUGGUACUAACAGACCCAAGCAAGCCGACUUGUGACAGCUCAAUAAGCUAACAGUGGAGCUGAAAUGCAACAUCUGUGCAUAGCACUGACACGCUCUGGAUUCAUCUGCAAACUGGAAAGCUUUGAUACAAGCAUCCAUAUAGGCAGUUUGAGUGCCUGUUGGUUUACAGUACUGGUCUGGAGAUCCCAUCCGCGGCAAGCUUCUACACAUCCCACUAUUCUUAAUGUUGUGCUUUGCUGACCAAAUGACAUAUCCAGGUACGACAGGUGUUAUGCACAGCCCUGGGCACAGCGGUUUAAAGGGGGUUGCCAAAUGGAACCAGUGUAAAGAUCACAACAAACAAACAAAAAUCUUGUGUACAUAGCUGCAAAAUGUAUAAAUAUGAAUUAUAUAUUUACAUGUCUUUUUAAAGAAAAAUGGUGGUUACCAGAGAUAAUAUCACUUUGGUAGUAAGGUACUAGUGGCUGGUCAGCUAUCAGUUGCUAUAAAAACAAAUCAUAUAUUUUGCUACAUUUGCUGGGUGUUCCUUUUUUUGUUUGUUUUUUAAAUUAUGUUCUAAAACUUAUUUCAGUGUAGGUAAUUCAAUAAAAAUUGCUGCUGCUUCAGUUUUAUAUGGGGUUAUAUUAAACAGUGAUUGGAUGGUAA